GACCAAGGCGAUGAAGCUGACGUCUCCAAGGAUAACAAUUAUGGCUACAGUGAACAAGGCAUGAAGGACUUGGAUGAGGUUGGCAAUCUCGUAGGAGGAGGAGAUUCUGAAUUGCUAGGAAUUCUACGACCAUAUUAUUCAGUGGUUGAUAUGUCAGCAAAUGGGAAUAAACAGGGCAUGGGCUCCUACCUUCACGUACUUCCCGAUUCAUCUGAAGGUGAUGAACCUGUCUACACACUUGGCGCCUCAUUUUACGGCGGUUUGGAACCGGCUGGUGCAAAACUCGGUUAUUUGACAAGACCUUUCGGUUAA